GUCGGUUCGAGCAGCCAUGGAUCAAAACAGCCUGUUACAGGCAAGGAGUCUGACGACAUGGCAGGCUGAUUGAGCACCUUCUUCCUUCAGUCAAGUUGGACUCUCGGGACCCUGGCCGAGUAGGAAGUUCAAAAGGAGCGGCUCGGUCCAGUCAAUGUGAGUUCGGUUGUGCAACUCAAUUUCCAGUACGUACAACUUCGAGUCUUGGUCAGCGCCGGCGAGAUCGAAGAAGUUCGGACGGAACGCAUUUGUCCCACCACCGCAACAAUGAAGGCACCCCGCACGGCAGCAACAGCUGCAGCGACGCUGUUCCUCUCAUCAAGCACCGUCGCGACCAAUAACCCUUUGACCGCCGACAAACUCGAAGCGGAUAUCAAGACAGAAGAACUCCAAAAUGUCCUCUGGAACCUCAACCACAUCGCCAUCAACAACGGCGGCAACCGCGCCUUCGGCGAGCCGGGCUUCAAGGCAUCCCUGGACUUCGUGCUCGAGCGCGUGCAGACCCGCUUCGCCGACCAGUUCGACACCUUCGUGCAGCCCUUCAACCACACCUACGACAAGACGCUCGAGAUCAGCGUGACAGGCCCCGAGGGCGAGGACGUCUUCGUCAUCAGCCCGCAGUACAACCCGCCCACGCUGGUGGAGGGCGGCAUCACGGCCGCCCUGGUCGACACCCCCGUCGACGACGAGCGCGGAUCUGCCUGUUUCGCCGACCAAUGGGAGGGGUUGGACGUCAAGGGCAAGUUGGCCCUCGUGAAGAGGGGGCUUUGCGCUGUGGCGGACAAGUCUAUUCUCGCGAAGGAGCGCGGGGCUUUGGGUGUCAUCUUGUAUGACGAAGUCCCCGGGACCAACAUUGUCGUUCCCACAUUGGGCGCCGAGAACAUCGGACGCAUGGUCCCUAUCGGUAUCAUCCCCUUGGAGGUUGGCCAAAGCUGGAAGUCCCGCCUGGCAGCUGGCGAGGAAGUGACUGCGACUCUCCUCGUCGAUUCCAUCUCCGAGACCCGCGAGACUUGGAAUAUCAUUUCCGAGACCAAGCAGGGCGACCCGAAUAACGUGGUCAUGCUGGGCGCGCAUCUCGACAGUGUGCAGAAGGGCGCCGGCGUGAAUGAUGAUGGCAGCGGCACUGCGGCCCUCUUGGAGAUCAUGACCGCGGUUAGGCGGUAUGAUAACUUCCCGAACAAGAUUCGGUUUGCGUGGUGGGGAGCCGAGGAGAGCGGCUUGGUCGGCUCGCUGUACUACACCUCUCACCUGACCGAGGCCGAGGCCGACAGCAUCAGGUACUAUUUCAACUACGACAUGAUCGGCUCGCCCCAGCCUGAUUUCAGCAUUGCAAGCAACGAGAACAGUGGCGUCGGUCCGCAACUGCUCGAUGAGUAUCUUGCGACAAAGGGAAAGGAGGUCCGCCACGGUGAAUUCGGCAGCGGCUCAGACUUCGUCGGCUUCAUCGAGAUCGGCAUCCCAACCGCGUCCCUGCACACUGGUGCCGGCGCGCCAUAUGACGCUUGCUAUCAUCAGGCGUGUGAUGACCUGGACAACAUCCACUGGGAGGCCCUCACUGUCAACGCUAGAGCCGCCGCUCGCGCGGCCGCGAGGCUAGCGAACUCGCUUGAAGGUGUACCCCCCCGUGCGAAGACCAGCCCCAACCUUCGCACCCGACACGGGGUGAUGCAAAGCUUCAAGAGGUGGACUGCACUGGCCGAGGAGGCCAGCAACGGCCACACCUGCUCGCACAAGGGAAAGAAGAUCCGGGUAUAAUACGAACAGCGAACUCGGGAGUACAUAGGUACAUGACCGAAUACUGUGACGGUGGACGAAGGAAAGCCGAGCAGAAGGGGGUGCUGGUGACGGAUAGCCACCGUAUGAAUCCUUUUCCCAGCAUAUCGACUUGUCAAAACUUGACGAC